AUGGAGCUGAUGGAGGAGGUCAGCCUCUGGACCCCGAGAGUGGUGGGAGCAAAGGAGACCCCCCUGGACAUGGGCUCAGGGGCCCCCUCCAUGGCUAAAAUCCAGAGGGAGCAUUGUCUGGAAGGAGACAGAGGGCAACUAAGUGGAGCCCCCAGAAGGCCUGCUGGGCGAGACGGCCUCUGCCCACAAGCUGGGAGGAGGAGGAGGAGGAGGAGGGAGAGGAGUCUGUUGCGGCUCCGCAGAGCGCUGGAGCCCCAGCCGUCCCCAGCAGGGCUCUCAUUAGGUGAAGAAGACGACUUUGGCCAAGGAGACCAUCUCUGCGAUGCCAAGAAGUCGGGGCAGAACGUGGUGGGUGAUGGGCAGCCUGACAAGGAGGUGGUCUUCCGGGUGGGGGAGGGCAAGGCGAGCCGAAGGGAGUGUGUGGCGGAGGGCGACUUCGCCUGCAAGGAGUGCGGGAAGCGUUUUGCCUGGCGCUCCUCCUUGAACAUUCACAAGCGGACUCACACAGGUGAGAAGCCCUUCGCGUGCAAGACCUGCGGGCGCGGCUUCAGCCAGAAGCCCAACUUGCUGUGCCACCAGCGCAACCACACCGGGGAGCGGCCCUUCAAGUGUGCCCGGUGUGAGAGAAGCUUCCGGCAGAAGCAGCACCUGGUGAAGCACCAGCGGACCCACGUCCGGGCCCGGCCCAGCCCCCACACCUGCCCGGAAUGCCAGCGCAGCUUCAGCAACAAGGCCGUCCUGCAGCUGCACCGGCGUCUCCACGCCCACCACCGCCAGCUGGUCUUCCAGGAGCUGAAGAAGGCCUAUAAGGAGACGGUGGCGCGGCAGCGGGAGGAGGCCCGGGGGGGCCUCAGCUGGGGGGUGCGGCCCAAGGGCCGGCGACGGGGAGUGAAGAAGUUCAUCUGUAGCGAGUGCGGCAAGGGCUUCACCUGGUGGUCUUCCCUCAGCAUCCACCAGCGCAUCCACACUGGAGAGAAGCCCUUCCCCUGCACGGAGUGUGGGAAGAGCUUCACCCAGAAGCCCAACCUCUUGCGGCACCUCCGCUACCACAGCGGCGAGCGGCCACACUCGUGUGCCCAGUGUGGGAAAGGCUUCACCCAGAAGCAGCACCUGGUGAAGCACCAGCGCACCCACCUGGCAGAGAAAGGCUUCCAGUGCCACGCCUGUGGGCAGAGCUUCCCCACCAAGGGGGUGCUCACGGUGCACCAGCGGGCCGGCCACGGGGGGACUGACCUCUUGGCCGCAGGGCUGCUGGGGGAGAAGGGGUGUCUUCCGCUCGGCCUGCCGGGAGAGAGGAGGGGCCCCCUGAUUGCCAGUGGCCCGAGGACCCUCCAGCCCCCAGACCUCCUGAGCCCCUCAAGCGAGGUGGAUGGGCAGCCGGUCCUGAUUGUGGAGCCUGGCACUCGGCCACAGGCUCUGUCCCAAACCAAGAAGGGCGUCUUCUGGAAGCCGGAGGUCCCCAAGCUGCCCCCCCUUGAGCAGAAGCAGUACAUCUGCAAUGAGUGCGGGAAGGCCUUUGUCUCCUGGUCGGCUCUCACCAUCCACCAGCGCAUCCACACCGGCGAGAGGCCCUAUCAGUGCGGGGAGUGCGGGAAGAGCUUCAGCCAGAAGCCCAACCUGGUGCGGCACCAGCGCCACCACACGGGGGAGAAGCCCUACCCGUGCGCCGAGUGCGGGAAGUGCUUUGUCCAGAAACAUCACCUCACCAAGCACCAGCGGGUGCACAAGAAAGAGGCUCGCCAGGGCCCCACCCUGACUGCGGAAGCGGAAGGGUUGUAGACGCUGGUUGGAAAUUGGGACAACAAUUGCCAGUUUUUGCCUUUGGAUAGCCUGUUACGGGAGCGAGGAGGAGGAAGAGGGAGGGGGUCUGCCUUCCCCUCCCCCUAAGAUUUAUGUGAGGAGUCCUGUAGGGCCCACAGUGUCUCCUUCUGGCUCUGAAGGUGUGAGACCCACUGCAUGGAGUGGAUUGGGCUGUCUCCCCAUGGAAGCCAGCAGUGGGAUGACCAGCUGUGGUUCUCUGAAACAGUUUUCCAUCCCGAGCUGGGUGCAAAGUACCUCUUUUCCAGGGGUUUCUCUUGGCUUCUCCCCAGUGCAAAUUUGGGAGAUGCUCCACCCAGUUGUAAGAGGGCCAUAGAAAUGGAUUUCGUUUUUGUUUUGCCUCUUAUGCCUUGGAGUGUGGUCUGAAGCGCGCCUAAAACCGAGUUAGGCCUGAUUUGAACAUGAGUCUAGUGAGGCAGAGCAGAGCCCCUUCCCCAUGAGGCAUGGCCCCUGCGUGGCGUCUUGUGGACACGAGGCCGCUGCUGUGCACACAGCCGCCUGCACAGGUACCCACCUGCUUUACACGGGAAACUGCGCUAGGUGUGGGUUUUUAAGACCAGUGUUUUGUCCAGUUUUUGUCAUUCUCGCCCACCUUGGGAGGUGAAUUAUCUGGGGAAAAGGCAAGUUUGUAAAUGUGUUAAACGAUUAAUCUAAAUGAAGAGCCCUGUGGGAAAGUUUUUUGACUUGUCAGCAUCAUGCUUAAAUCAGGUCUUCCUUCCAAAUAAGGCUGCCGCCUGUCAUGUGUGACGUGUGACCUAAGUGCGUUUAAACACCGGGGGGGGGGGGGGGGCGUGUCUGUACCUUGGGAACUGGACUGCAGAGUGAAGCAGACGAUCAUUUGAGGAAAUGAGAUGAAUUAAAACAUCUGUG